AUGUCUUUUUCCAAGACUUAUUUUCUUUGCCCAACCUCUGAUUUCAUCCACCCACCACCGGCGGGUUCGCUAUGCCUCGGCUCUAUAAUCCGCUCGACAUCUGCGCCGCAACUUCCGCUCAACCAGGCAAGCGCCGUUGCCGUGGCAAAUCCGAACCCACCCCAGGUGGAAACGAACUGGAAGAAGACCGUUUCGGCAGAGACGGGACUCGGCUUUGGAGUGUAUGCGCAGUUUUUGCAGCUGGCCAUGGGAGGGGGAUCAGGCAUUGGCCCUGAAGUCGACGUUGAACGGUCCCGCCACGCGGUGAAUGUAUUCACUUUUGACACUAUGACUACCCUAUCCUUUGAGCCGACAUCGCAGUACGUGGAAGAAGCCGUCAAAGCACCGGCUGUGCAGGCCUGGUUGCGGGAGCCAAGGCAGAGAUUUUCCCCUCUCGUAACGCUUUUCCUCGUGACGGGAAUGAAACUCGUCAACGGCGCCAGAAUUAAAUACUCAUUGUCCGGUAGUACUGCAAUCACGGCGAACCUAGGUGUGGACGUGCCUCAGCUUGGCUUCACCGUUGGGCCGAAGGGCCGCUGGUCGAGUACAGACGAUGACGAGACAGAGUUUAGUCGCGAGUCUGAAUUUAUCUUUGCCUUCCGUGUCAAAAGGCUUAGGAUUGGGCGGAAAAUCAGCACCGAAGAAUACAGCAAAGGCGCUUUCCUGGCGAAUGGAGACGAGAGGAAGGACGUUCAUCUCGAGCCCGUCUUGGUGGACGAUGUAGAUGGUUCUACUCUUGAGAAAGCAAAUGUUGUUUCCGAUGCGACCGAAGACGGUCAUGUUUAUUGUGUCCCGGCUUAG